AUGUUAAAGGAAGCAUGGCAGCACCAAAGUCUCAUGAUACCAUCUUGGGCAACAAGUAAGGCGUUCUAUAUAAACUAUAAGGACUUCACAUUGAAGAGAGCAAAUUCCAUUUUCUCCGAUCACUUACUCUCACACCGGAGGGGUUAUCCGGCCAACUCUGGUCGGGCAGCUCUAACGGUGCUCACUGUUGCAGGGUCUCAAUUCUUGGAUAGUCCAGUCAAGUGCGGAGCUCUGGUCCACUAUCAUCGAGUGUGGAUCUCCGGUCCACUAUCAUCAAACAAGACCAUCAUUAACGGGGUAAAAAAGCGGCUUGAAAGUGCAAAAGGCAAGUGGGUCGAAGAGUUGCCCCAUGUAUUAUGGGUCUACCGAACCACAGCAUGGCAUUCAAGGGGAGAGACACCCUACUCCUUGACCUAUGGAAUGAAGGCUGUUAUUCCACACGAAGUCAGUCUCCCAACCCUCAGAUCGGAAUUGUUUGAAGAUGCAAAUACUGAGGAAGCUAUAGCACAAGCUCUAGACAUGGCAGAAGGCCGAAAAGAAACAGCACUGAUUCGACUUGUCGCCUAUCAGCAGCAGCUUAUCAAAAGUUUCGAUAAGAAAGUUUUCCCAAGACAAUUCACACCUAGAGAGCUGGUUCUGAGAAAAGUCAUGGACCACAAAAAGGUGUCUGGCGAAAGGAAGUUAGGACCUAACUGGGAGGGUCCCUACUAA